CUGUCGACCGUAACCCGUCAUCCUCUGGUCGUGGACAGGGAGAAGAUGCCGACACAUUUCCCUUCUUCUCCCUUUCAUUUCUUCUCCAUCGUCCUCGUCUCCACCCUCUACCUCCUCUUCUUCCUUCCUUCUUCAGGCUCUACCAGAGUUGUUUUCCGCUCAGCAGAAAAGAAGAAGAACGCGGCGCCCCUGUUCGUCUUCGGGGACUCGAUGGUGGACAAUGGGAACAACGUCUUCCUCCCGAACCCAGAAGCCAAGUUCGACUUUCUGCCUUAUGGGGUGGAUUUUGCAGAGGGUCCUACUGGGAGGCUCACCAACGGAAUGAACCCAGCAGAUGUCAUGGCGCAGCUGCUCAACCUCCCUGCCUUCCUGCCUGCCGCAAAGGACCCUCUGUCCAAGGGGGAGCGCAUCCUCAACGGCCUCAAUUACGCUUCCGGUGGUUCCGGAAUCCUCGACUCCGUUGCUGAUAUCUCGGCGUGCAUAUCGUUGAACCAACAGAUCGAGCACUUCCGAACUGCGACGGUACGAGACUUGAGCUCUCAACUCAGAGAGAAGGGGCAACAACUCGCUUCCUUCCUGUCCAAGAGCAUAUUCAUGUUCAAUGCGGGGGGCAAUGACUGCUCAUGGAUGUGCUCCCAAGCAAACAGCGGGGAUGGCCAAUGCACUGCACAGGAGUUCCUGCAGUCACUCUUGGCAAAUUUCACUCAACAACUCAAGGCAGUGUAUGGCGUGGGAGCCAGAAAGUUUGUGCUGUUUGGAGUUCAGGCGAUUGGUUGCACGCCAUUUGCUAGGGCAGCGUCAGGCAUGAAGGACGGGUACUGCAAAGAGGAGAUGAACAACGCUGCCAUCUCCUUCAACAAGCUCUUAAGCUCAUCCUUGGGGGAUUUGGAGAAGAGGCAGAUGCCUGGCUCCCGUAUUGUCUACGUCGAUACCUAUAAAAUUGUUAGAGACGUGUUCGACAACCCUGCUCCUUUGGGGUUCAGGGUGAUAAACCAGACAUGUUGCAGACUCUCAAAAUCAAGCCAGAACAAGAUGUGCGAGGAAGGCAGCGCCCCAUGCGAGGACAGAGACGCCUACAUGUAUUUUGAUGGUGUGCACUUCACUGAGGCACUCUACAAACACUUGGCAGGCAAGGCGUAUCUCUCAGAGCUAUCAUCCGAAGUUUAUCCCUACAAUGUUGCUCGUCUGGUUGACCUUGAGCUAGGGCCCGCUGCUUCAUCAAAUGCUUAUGCAGAGACAGAGUCACAUGCAAGCAGUUAGAGAGCCCACGGAUGAACGGCAGCGCUUGUGAGUGGAUUUUAGUUGGCACUCUCAGCUAGUCUGUCUUUCUGCUUCUUAUCAGUUUGUAAUAAAUUUGGUGUACUCGUUAGUGUACCCAAGGAACACAUUUAUGGUCUACACACUUAUUCGUCAGUAGACCAUAUACAUUAGAAAAGUAAUUUAAAAGAGCUGGAAUGGAGGAGGGGCCAUGAAAUUGUGCCUGUUGUUCGCAUCUCUUCUCUGAGACAUGAUGAAAAUGAAGUUUUUCUAUAGAAUACAA